AUGUGCUCUCAAAGUAUUUCCUCAGGUAAAGUUAAAAGAGAGGUAGUGGCUAUUAUUAAGCAUCUUCUUUUUCAGUUCUUGAACCAGGACAUAUUUUGCUGUGGUCAAGCAAAUGAGAUAUCCAUACUCAACUCAGCAACGCUCGAGGUUGUUCGAGUAUGGGGCGGCCAUUCAAAUUGGGUUACCUGUGUUGAUUUGGAUGAUCCAAAUACAGGCAAAUCUCAAUUGAUGACAGUGACAAUGGAGGGUGUUUUAGAAAUCUGGGAUUUCGAUACCGGCACACAUGCCUUGUAUAAAAAUCAAGCUAUAUCUGCCAAAAUACUGGAUGAUACAACCUGUUCUCCUGCCUUUGAUGUUGUUAAAAACAAAUUCUUGCCUAGAUUGUUUAUGGUUCUAACAAAUAAGAACAUUCUGGUCAUAGCAUCAUAUGAUAAUGAGUUUGUGCCUCAGUUCAUUAUUCCUGCUGAAUCAGAGACAUGCUGGGCAGGCGGAGGUUUUUAUUCAAAAGAUCAGCUGGUUGUUUGGACAAAGCACGGCGACAUAUUCAACUACAAACUCAAGGAAUCAGCAACGGAUCGUUGUAAAUAUAAGUUGUGUGAUUUACUAAAGGAAAACCCUCCCUCUGUUCGCCCUGUAGGUGAUAUUUAUUCGAAAUCCAUAAAGAUAUCUGUAUAUGCCAAUAAUGAUGAACUUUACGCAUUUAUUGUCUGCAAUCAUCCUGAAGAAUCAGGAUUCAAGAUUCUUCCUUUACCAAUAGAUCAACAGCAAGAAGGACACACGACUUAUUCUAUAGACAUAUCAUUUAAAGAAAUAUGGCCAAUAAAGGAUGAAGUGGAUCCAAACUUUGGACGUAUCACUGUGACUGAACCAGUAAACACAAAUCACUUAGCUAUUGGUUACGACACUGGAAAAAUCUGUGUUGUACCAUUGUCACUAGCUCUUCUACAUCUAAAUGAUGUUUCUAAUCAUCUGGGCAAACGAGAUGAUGUACGAGUCUUUAAAAAGACUCAUCAAAGCGCUAUUACCUGCAUGAUUGUUCCAGAGCACCAAGUCUCUGGUCAGCAAUAUCUGCUCUCUGGUGGUCUUGAUGGUGUUGUAAAAAUUUGGAAUCUAAACGAUGGUAAAUUUGUUGCAUCUUGUGCUGUUCAUUCUACACCUGUCAUGUCCUUUAUUGAACCAGUCGAGCAAAAGGACAUACGAGUGAGAGGAUGUAUAGCUUCUAUUGCGCAAGACAACUCGGUUGCACUCAUUUCGGUUGAUUCAAUGACGUGCUUGUUUAUAUUCCCCGGUCAUCCGCACCCAUUAACUGCUAUUCAAUGGAGAACAGCAGAAGAUUAUGUAGUGCUUGGAUAUAGUGAUGAUAGUGCAUAUGUGUGGCAGAUGCAAACUGCACAUUUAGAUCGUAUACUUUAUGGUAAAAGCAAGACAGAUGUUAUGGAAGACAGUAGAUGGCCAAUCAACCAUAUAAGCGCGUCAAAGACUGCCUCAACUUCUAAUCAUGGAAAACAUACAGUACAGAUUAAAUCUAUUGUAACCGAUGAUUGCAAUGUACAAGUGCCCAAUAACUUUGCACAAGUAUUCAUUUUUAGUAUUCGCCGAUUAGUGCAUGACAUCUAUACCCGUCUAUCUAUACUUAAUGUGCACGAACAAAAUAACCAGAUCCAUCCAGUCUUGAAAGCAUCAGUUUCUACUUCUUCUUCAGCAUUUGAUGCAGUUGUCCCAGAUAUUCUUUCUUUCAGACCUGAUAAGGAUGAUCCUUUGGAUAUUCACGACGGUCAUCAGCCUAAACAUGAUGAGGAACUAAAAGAGAAAAAGAUUGAGUUAAUGACAGCAAUCAUUUCCAUCAUUGCUUCAUGGAAUAUAAAUGAGGCUUUUGAACUACUCUGUAACCAAACAUUAAAUUUAUCUAAGCAGGUGAACCAGAAUAUAAGCUAUGGUAUUAAAGGAACAAACGGAAACUUAUCCGUCGUUGCACCUUUAAAACACGAGAGAGAAGCUUGGACAAUAUCUCCUUCUGUGACCGCAGUCCGCUUACUUUCUAUUAGUCUACUCGCAAAGGUGGUCAUUUCUAUGGCUGGUCAAGAAAGUAGAAGUGCCGAUUUAAUCACUGGGUAUGCAAUGUCUUUGCCAUUAGUCAUUGGUGAACGAUAUUGCUUUCCUUCGCUAUCACUACUAAGCAAGUACUGGCAUGAUUCAUCAGCGAGAUCGUUAUUUUCAAGUGCUGUUACUGGAUUAUCACAAGAUGAUAUAAAUUCGCUCAUUGACUAUUGGGAAUCAUUCUGUAAAGAACAAAAACAAAAAAAAGAGAAUAUUUCGUUCAUAGUGCCUACAUCUUCUGAGAAUAGUAAUCCACAAAUGAUGGCUCGAGCAUCGAUUAUUUUAGGCAUCAUGGGCUGCGAUCAACCACAAACUCUUGAUCCUCGUGUACGCAAGUCAACUGCUUUAAGCCUUACAAUUCUUUUAUCAGAUGUCGAUCUAGAUACUAACAAUAGCGACAACAAUGUAUUAUCGACAGGGUCUAUGGCGCGAACAUUAUCAUCCAUGGAACUACUUAGUCAAGGAUUCAAGACAUGGGAAAACUAUAUCAAUGCAGCCGAGGUCUUACGAACACUCUUCAUGUAUGCUACCGAUUCUCAACCAAUGAUGGCGCUUAUUAGUCGUGGUGCGAAAGCAGCUAUAUUCCAGAUAUCUAUCACCAAUAUGCCUUUGGUAAUAAGCACGUUAACAUUUGAUACAGCACACGCAAAGUCACUUGAAGAUCGCUUACGCUGCUUAAAAAUUAUUGGAAUAUUCAUCAAAAAGGAGCCUAUUCUUUUAUACUCGCAUGUCCAUAAUGUGGUUGAGGCCGUCAUCAAAACAUUGGACCCUAACGUUCCUCAUAUGCGGGAAGUUAUGGUACAGUCUGCAACAUCUGUCCUUCAUGACUUGGUGAAAACGUAUCCAUCUGUAGACUUUAGUAGUAGUGCUCAAAAACUCGCAGUCGGAACACUAGAGGGGGCCUCCGUGGUGUAUGAUAUCCGUACGACAACUCGCUCAGUAGUAUUAGAGGGUCAUACAGGACCCGUUGUUGCACUGGCCUUUUCUCCUGAUGCAAAAUUGGUCGCAACCUGUUCAUUGUUUGAUCAAAGCGUGCGUGUAUGGCAUACGAACAUGAGCUUAUUUGGCAUGCUAACCAGUAGCUUAACACACACCAGUCAUCAAAGAAAGAGCUCUUCUGGAUCUCAUAAGCCUGACAAGAUAUUUUCUUUUGCUUUGCCCAACAAUUCACUCGCACCAUCUGAUAUUAUUAGACAAGUGAGGUUUGAUUGGAGUUCACCAAAAUGUGUCAAGCUCAAGAUAUGUGACCUCAUCAUGAGUUUUACAGUUUAA